AUGGUUCCUUCCUGCCUUCUCUCUGCAGCGGAAGAGGAUCCCAAGGGGCCCCCAAGGGCUGGACCCAUCCAGAUGGUCACCAAGUGGGUUGACUACUCCAACAAGUACGGCUUCAGCUACCUGCUCUCGGACGGCUCCACCGGAGUGCUCCUGGCCGAUGGGACCCACAUCGCGCUUUGCCCGCAACGCCAGCGCGUCUGCUACUGCCCCGAGCUCCACAAGGCCUCAUCCUUCCUGCGGAGAGACGUGCCGCCUUCGCUGACCAUGAAAAUGGGGAUUCUCCACUUCUUCAGCCGGUAUAUGCAGCAGCGACUCCUGGAGGGGGGUCACCAGCAGGCAAGUCCCACCACCUCGCUGGACAACCUCUGCCUCCUGCACUUUGCAAAGUCCCAGGAGGCACUUUUGAUGCUCUUCAGCGACGGGACCCUGCAGGUCAACUUCUACCACGACCGCACCAAGCUUGUGCUGAGCCCCACAUCAGCUGGGGGGUACCUCCUGACUUUCGUCGACCGGCAGCGCCAGAGCAGGACCUUCCCGCUGGAGACGCUGGUCCUGCGAGGUUGGACGAUCCCCUUGCGAGAGCGCCUCAGCUAUGCCCUGAGCAUGCUGCACUGCCUGUAGCAGACCCCUCCCAGCACCCCCCUUUCCCUGAGCCCACUUACACUCCCUGCCCUGUCACUCACAGGCUGCUGGCCAGAUCCUGCUCUGCCCCCCACGUGGGGUUGGGGCCAGGUGGUGGUGGUGGGCUCUGUGCAAGGGUUGGAAAUCCAGGCAGGAUCCUUGUGUCUUGUAAGGAGCAGCCUAGGAGCAAGCAGGUGGUGAGGGCAGCAGAGACGGCAGAUUGGGUUGCGGGUUCGAAUCUCAUGUUGGGUGGGAUAUUCCUGCAUUGCAGGGCAUUGGGCUGGAUGACUCUUGGGGUCCCUUCCAACUCUAGAAAUCUAUGAGGAUAAUAAGCAAGUGGUACAGAAAGGGGGCAGCUGUGGGUCCCGGUGGGGUUGGACAGCCAGUGGUUGGGA